CCUCUUUUAACAUUUAUCUUCUUCAUUUCCUCUCUUUCUUGAAUAUUCAAUUCCAGGUCUCAGCUUUGAAUCUUAAGUGAAAAUGAAGAAAGUGGUGUUGAAAUUGGACCUCCAUGACGACAAGGGGAAACAAAAGGCCAUGAAAGCUGUUUCUGGCUUAUCAGGAAUUGAUUCCAUUGCCAUGGACAUGAAGGAGAAGAAAUUGACAGUAAUUGGAGAUAUUGAUCCUGUUGAUGUGGUAAGCAAGUUAAGAAAGAUUUGGCACACAGAGAUUUUGGCUGUUGGACCAGCUAAAGAGGAAGGCAAAAAAGAUGAAGGCAAGAAGGAAGGAGAGAAAGAGAACCCAAAUGAACAACAGAUGACUGAGCUUAUGACACUUUACAAAGACUAUUACAACAACAAUCCCUACCCAUCUCAGUAUGGUUACCGUGUGGUAUGUGUUGAGGAGAAUCCAAAUGCGUGAGAGUUUUGAGAGAGAGAGAGAGAAUACAACUUGGAAGCACAUCGAAGAUGA